AUGACGGCUCCGACGACAUCUUGGCGAGUUACAGAUAGUAGCUCUCGCGCUAAAUACUCUAAUGGAGAUGGUAUAUGGGCGGAGGACCAAGAUAGCGACAUCACUUUUAAUUCGAAGAAGGGCACUCUGCGUCGCGUGCUGGGAUGCCAUUUGAUUUGGCCGCUUAAACGUGCUUCUCUCUUCAUUUCAGGGUACAGUAACCAACGUGUAGCGUGGAAACAAGCAGAGCAGCGUGUUAAAAAGAGAAGGAAGAAUGUAACUAUCCACCAGAUCGAUGUGUAUGCUAGUAAUAGGCGUAUAGAAUAUCGCAAUGUUAGAUAUCUAGCCAAAACGCUGGGUAUGGAUAUCCCUGAACGUGCACUGCACCACUCGAAGUACGAGUAUGUUUUCCUUGGCCAUAUUCCGGACAGUGCAGUCAGUGUCCUCUACAAAUUUUAG